AUGAGUGUCCUCUUCAAGUUUCGUCCGGAAGUCAGCGAAGAGCAUCGCAAUGCCUUCGUCACGGAACUCAAGAAGCUGAAGAAUCUCCCCUGCGUCAAAUCCGGUCGGCUCCUCGUCGGUGGGCCCAGCAUCACCGAUCCCAUCGAGCGCAGCAAAGGGUUUCAGAUUGGUCUGGUAAGCUACCAUGAAGACCGUGCUGCGCUGGCAGAGUAUCAGGCGAGUGAUGAGCAUCAUCGGGUAACGUCGACGUACAUGUUUCCGUACAAGGAGGAUCUGGUCCGCUUUGAUUUCGAGGUCGACGAGGAGGAUGAGUACAUGUGUCACUUUCCAUUGGUGGCGUAG